AUGGCACCACCAUCAAUCCCAUCUCCAUCACCGUCCUCAAGAUUCAAGUACGUGAAACAUGCGUAUUAUUUCAUACUCUCCAACAAAAUGAAUAUCUUGUUUGCUUCCUGCGUAGCCUUCCUGGCCGGAGCUCCCGCUUGUCUUCAUGUUCCCCACUCAAACCUUCCUCCAUUGUUGCUCUUACCUUCGUGCUUAGCCUUACUGUUCCUAGCGCGCUACUUCUUCAUGAACAGACCCACACAAGUAUACCUAGUCGACUUCGCAUGCUUCAAACCAGCACUCACUUGUCUUUGUAACAAGGAGAUGCUUCUGGACAGGGCUGAACGUGUGGGUUUCUUGUCGGAAGAGAGCUUGAAGCUCGUGAGGAAGAUAGUGGACAGGUCUGGUUUGGGACCAAACACGUAUGUCCCUGAGGCGUUGUUGGAGGUUCCUCCAAAUCUGGCUCUGGUGGAGGCGAGGAAGGAGACAGAGACAGUGUUUUUCGGAGCAGUCGAUGAACUUUUGGAGAAGACAGGAGUAGAUGCGAGGGACAUCGAUAUUCUUGUUGUGAACUGUAGUUUGUUUAAUCCCACACCAUCUCUAGCUGACAUGGUUGUGAAUCGUUAUAAGCUGAGAGGAAAUGUGUUGUGCUACAAUCUCAGUGGCAUGGGGUGCAGUGCUGGUGUUCUUGCUGCUGACCUCGCCAAUCACCUCCUUAAGGCUCAUCCAAACUCUUACGCGUUGGUACUGAGCACGGAGAACGGAAUAUCAAGCAUGUACUGGGGCAACAACCCCUCUAUGCUCCUCGUAAACUGCCUCUUCCGCAUGGGUGGCUCCGCCGCCCUCCUCUCCUCCCACCCCUCCGACGCCCGCCGUUCUAAGUAUCGCCUUGUCCACACCCUCCGCACCCACGUCGGCGCCGACGACAACAGCUACAACUGCGUCAUGCAGCAAGAAGACGACGAAAAUAAGGUCGGCGUUGCGCUUUCCAAAGAACUCAUGAACGUCGCCAGAGACGCCCUCAAAGUCCACAUCACAGCCCUCGGACCCCUCGUCUUACCCAUCUCCGAAAAACUCAAGUUUCUGGUUAAUCUGAUUCAGAGGAAGGUGUUGAAGAACAAGAUCGAAGGGUAUAUGCCAGAUUUUAGACUGGCUUUUGAGCAUUUCUGUAUUCACACGGGAGGGAGGGCAGUGUUGGACAGAAUGCAGAAGAGUUUGAAUCUGGAUGAUUGGUACAUGGAGCCCUCGAGAAUGGCGUUGUAUAGGUUUGGGAACACGUCUUCGAGCUCUGUGUGGUAUGAACUGGCUUAUUGUGAGGCUAAAGGGAGGGUGAAGAAAGGUGACAGAGUGUGGCAAAUGGCGUUUGGAUCUGGGUUUAAGUGCAACACUGCUGUGUGGGUGGCUCUGAAAACCAUUGAUCCUGCGUCUAACAAGAGCCCAUGGAGGGAUGAGAUUCAUCACUUUCCUGUUAAAGUAACCUCCUAA